AGGAAAGCAAAAAAAAAAAAUCAAAACCGGAGGCCCGGGCCGGACUCGGUGGCUACCCGGGCCGGUCCCGGGUCCACCAUUCUUGAACCGCCGGCCCGCCCGGGCCUAGGCCCGACCCGGCCCGGACCCGAGUCCAUCCCUAAAUAGGAGUAAUCUGUCAAGUUUGGGAAAAAAUGUCAUGUUUAAAAGCCCAGUAAUGCCAAACUUGGCAGAAAUUUACUCCUAUUUAGGGAAUAAAAAACAUGAUAGCCCUAUUUUGGAAUUUCAAAACUUUUUUACUCCUAUUUAGGGAAUUUACUCUUAUUAUUAUUAUUAUUAUUAAUAAUAAUAUUAUUAUUAUUAUUAUUAUUAUUGUUGUUGUUGUUAUUAUUAUUAUUAUUAUUAUUAUUCUUGUUAUUAAUAUUAUUAUUAUUAUUAUUAUUACUAUUAGUACUAUUACUACUAUUACUAUUACUAUUAUUACUAUUAUUACUAUUAUUACUAUUAUUAUUAUUGUUGUUGUUGUUGUUGUUGUUAUUGUUAUUAUUAUUAUAGUUGUUUAUUAUUAUUAUUAUACUACUCAGUAUUAUUAUUAUUAUUAUUAUUAUUAUUAUUAUUAUUAUUAUUAAUCCGUAUUUAAAAGAACACUACAUUAGAUCUUGACAUAAUAUUUAAGGGGAAAAUUAAUAGGAGUAAUAAAUAGUGUAGGAAAAGUAAGAAAGAAGGUGAAAAAGUAGGAACGAGAAGAUCAAAAGUAGAAAAAAUGAGAAUAAUUGAGUAUUUUCAAAGGAAAAAUUUACUAAAAAGAAAAAAUGUAACAAACUUUUAAGUACAUUUGAAUAGGAAAGUGUAGCAAACUUUUAAAUAUGGAAGAAACAUUAUUACUAUUAAUUUUAUAACAACAAUGAUUAAUAUUAUUAUGGUCGUGUCCUUUUUUUAUGGCAGGGUAAUCAUUCAUCAUCGUAUACUCUUUCUCGUAGUACCUACAUCAAACUUUCUUUGAGGUCCAAAAUCACACACAAGAUAUUUAAAAUUUAAUUUAAAGUAUGAUUUCAUUUGAACCAUCAAAUAUUUUCCUUGUUCUUUUUUUUGUUGCAACACACUUUUUUAUUUUCACACUUGUUAAUGCAUAACUUUGAUCAUUGAUAUAUUUAAUUCACCAUUAUUAAAAAAUUAGAGUUUGAAAAUUUAAAAUAAGAUGAAUUUAACCGUACUUUUUAAAAAAAUUAAACUUCUAAAACAUUAAUUAGUAACGUGUAGUCAAAAUGUAGAAUUUGAAUAGUGCGAAAUUCAAUAUGUUGUGAUUAUUUAAGAACAAAUGGAGUAUAAGUCAAGUAGUAAUAUGGUAGUGAAAAUAUUUAUUAAUUUGGAUCAACGAGGAGGAUAAGCGUGACAAAAAUAGUGAAAAUGAGAAAACAGUGUAUUUGGAGAAACUUCAAAAUACUUGCAUAAAAUAUAUAAAAAGAAAAACUUACAUGAUACAGAGUACAAUGUUAAGUUAGCACAUAUUUAAAGCCCAUUUGAUAACUUCGUAUAAGUUUAUCAAUCUUAUCAAUAAACUUUUUCAUUAAACAUGUUAAUUUUGAUUCCGCGCGCUAAAUUGGGUAAUAAUCAAAAUAUGUAAUGUUGAUAUUACUUUUCGGAUGGGUAGGCAUAUUGCCUAGGGUUAGUGGCGGAUUUUGUUCGCAGUUUUCUUGGUGCGCAGGUACUGUGAUUCAAGGUAGCAGUGCAUUAGGGCUCCGACAGUGGUGGGAUUUUCAACGGAUAACAACCGUAUGAAGGAGGGCACUGAUGGAGGACAAUCAUCAUAUAAUAAAAGACAAGAGGGAAUAGUUGUUUUCGCUCAAGCUUAUGGAAAGAUGAAGAUGGAGGAAGAAGAUGAAGUGGUAUUGGUGGAAUCACUGAGUUCAACGACAGCCGGUGAAAAUCUAUCACUGAUCUUGGAGAAAUCUAAUUACUUUAAGAAAAUUGGAGGAGAGAGAUUUACCUUUGUCGAUUCCCUUGAAUAGGGCAGAAUGUUGGUCACAGGUUCAUGGGAUACCCAUGAGUUAGUUUACUCUAAAAAAUGCUCAAAUGAUAGGUAACUUUGUGGGAAGAUUUAUUAGCGUUGAUGAGCAUAAUUUUUCAGCUUGGAAUCCCUUUAUACGAAUAAGAGUUAGUCUGGAUAUAGGGAAACCCAUGAAAAGGAAAUUAUUUCUGCAAAAAGAAGAAGGUACUAGUUUUUGUGUUUCGUUCCGCUAUAAGAAAUUACUCAAUUUUUGCUUCAUGUGUGAAAUUAUUGGACACGCUGAGAACUUCUGCCUUAGUAACCCGAGGGAUAGUUCGGAGGGGGGUGGUAGGUUAUUUGGACUGAAGCUCAGGGCCACAAAAGGAAGAGCUCAAGGAGAAGUAAACAAAUGUCUAGUUCCAACUCGAAAAGAUAGAGCAAAGAGAAGGAAGUAGGGUCUGCAACCAUUAAUUCAGAGGAGGAUCAUGUGGGGAAGCAUGGAUGAUUGAAGGGGAACCAACACACAUAUGACACAAUAUGGACCAUAAACGUCGGCGAGUAGAAGGAGAGGGGACUGAGGACAUUAAUAAUAACAUGGAAGUGAAAAAAGGACACGCAAAAAAUUGGAAAGAACCGGGCUACAAUGUAGUGACUCGCCUAACACAAGAUUAAGAUCUUUGCAGAAACAUCAAGGAGAGCGUGACGUGAAGGAGCUCCAAAAGUUUACUUUAUUUGCAUUAAUUUUAAGUUGUCAGUUCAUUACUUUUUUUGUUUCUUUUGAUGUAUUUGGGGUCAAACGAUAUAACUUUUUCUUUGUGGUUUUAGUUAUUAGAUUGGAGGAAGCAACCAGGCUAUGUUGGCAGAUAAUAGUUUCGAAUCUCCCACAUGUUUAGUGAUUAGCCUUAUUCAUUAUUGGAUAGUCCGUUCUAUGUCUGUUCAGAGAGUAAGUGCGACCAUUGAAUACAAGAAAUCUAGAGAGAAGGGUUGGGUAGUUGGAAGGUUGAAUGUUUGGCACUUUAAGUGUUUCCAUUAAAAAAAGAUUACAUUGGAGUUUACAUUCGUGCGGAUGUUUGUCAAUCUGGUGGGUUUUGGAGGGCUCAAUUGGGAAUCCGUGUACUAAUUGGUACAAGGAAGUCCUUAAAUCGUGAUGAUUGUUUUCUCGCACUAAAAAAUAUGUAGCAAUAUCGGGUAUAAGUACGAGUAUCGUCUCUGAUGAAGUAUAUGGCCCGGGAACCCCUGGCCCACAGACUCCUACUAAACCAAUAAAGGCCCAACCGGCCCAGGAAACACAGCAGGCCCAAAUUACGGCGCCCCAAGCACUUAGCAGCCCACAGCGCACAUUGGGGAGCCUUCGGCCC